AUGAUGUUUGCAUUCACAUCACCCGGUGCAAAGUUAGAUAAUCGUUUUAACAAUGGUGGUGGACCACCAACACUUCGGGUUCAAGGUCAAUCGUGUCAUCGAAUUGGAAGUUUGUUACCACCGGAAGGUCAACCUCCUAAAUUUACCCAACUUUAUAUUUAUGACAUUGAAAAUGAGGUCCAUAGUAGAAUGCAAGGUCUAAGGGACACGAAAAACAUUGAUCCCUUGAUUAUACAACAAUUGUCUAAAAUGCUUUAUGAACAUAACCCUCAUGCAAAAAGUUUUUAG